AUGGCGGCGUUUGGAAAGUUCAUCGACGCAGCGAGCACUGCCAUUAAUAGAGCAACUGACCGUGUACAAGAUAAGGUUUUGGAGAAAUUUGACGCGAAAAAGCAGCCAAAACUGACGUCCUCGGAACUCCUGGGCAAACUUGAACAGGAUCUUGCAACCGAGAUGACACAAUGCGAACUUGGGGACAAACUUGGUUUGGUGCUUUCACAAUACGGCCAGACGCACAUGGACAUCGGUGUUGCCGAGCGCAAUCUUAUUACCGAUGUUCAAAAAAGCUUACUUGUAACAGUAAAGCACUACCUUGACACUGUGUGGCCAAGUAUCAAUACUCAGCGAAGGAAUCUUGAGUUUGCUCGAUUGGAUUUUGAUUCGGCAAAACAAAAGAAGGAAGCUUGUACAUCCGAAGACAAAAUUAGACCCUUGACCGCUGCCUUUGAAGCUGCCCAGUUGAAGUUCAACGAGCAGAUUGCUGCCGCCAGAGCCACAACUUCACAGCUCAAAAAUGUUGAGGAAACCCUCCGUGAAGAUCUCAAGGCGAUGGCCGCGGCUCAAAUGCGCUACUUCAACGCCUGCCAGGAGCAGCUGCGUCAAUUGACAAGCAAGUUGGAAAGCGCUGGGCUUGGUGCUUAA